AUGCAACCUCCGAUUUGCAAACCCAGGUCUCAGAGCGACCUUGGAUUUCUGAAACCGCUUCUCAGCGACUCAAUCAAGCAGCUCUUGGCUCAGUAUCGGAGAGGACGAACCCAUUUCUCCGAUUUCGACUCCAUCUUCACUCGCGUCCUUCACGAUCUUCCCGAGCCACCUCUUGAGCUCGUCUGGUUCUACUCCGCGAUCAGAUUCCACUCCUCGAAACUAGAUUUUCAAGGCGAUUCCGUUGGGUUAACUUCGAGCUUCUUCCAGCUGCUACUCUCUUUCCCCGUUUCCUUUUCCGAUUCAUUUUCCGGCGCAAAGAGGGUAGCUCUGUUAUCUCCUCUCGUUUACCAGUUGAGUCGUUUAGUUAACACUAGGAGAAAAGACGCUUUGAGCUUGGUAGAUGAUAUCGUAAGCUACGUUAGCAUGUACUGUGUCGAGGAUCCAGGGGAUGAAGAAGAUUUGUUAAUGGUCUCAGGGUUUAGUUUUUCUGAUUUGGCUCGAGUUUGGAUUGUGGAUGAAGUGGAAGAGGAUUGUAGAGUGGAGGAUUGUUUGGAGAUCUUCAUGCCAUUUGUAAGUGAAAGACUGCGUCAGGAAAUGGAUUCUGAGUCCUGUAGCGUUGGUUACUUAGCUGGAAUCGUAGCUUCUCAGGUUUUCUUGCUCAGUUUAUGGUUGAGAUUUGAUUCGGAGUUAAGUAGAUCCGAGCUGAGAAAGAAUCUCCGGGAAUCUGUGCUUCAGAUGAUUUCUGAGUUCCACAGUUGCUACUUUUUUGAUGUGAUUCUCAAGAUGCUGUUGCUGGAGCCAUGCUUGCAUUUAACUUCACUACUGGGUCAAGAGGAUGAAGCUACUUUAACGGAAAUUGUAACAGAAGCUGUGAUUGAAUCGGUGGAGAAGCUAUUCCUCAACUCUGGAAAUGGAACUUUAGAAAGAGGUUUACACUUGAAGAACAUUGCUAUCAACUGGUUAUUUCUUUUUGACAAUGCUAUGACUUCUCUAAGGAGAAAUAAAGAUCAAGAGGAAAUCAGCAGGUACAUGAACAUGUUCUCUGAUUCACGUAUUCCUUGUCACUUGAUCAAUUGGGUAAUCAGUCAAGGUGAAGUGAUUAGUGAUGCAGACACACUGUUAGACUCGACGCCAGCAUCCAUCAUCGAAUGGCUUGUAUCUCUUGAAGAGCAAGGACUAAGGGUUUUCGACUGUGACCAUUCCAAAAACUAUGCCAAAACUGUGAUUCACAGGUCAAGACCAGAUCUCAGCCUCGAAGCCACAUUGGUGGAACAACAAGAGGAGUUUGAUCAAGAUGCAGACAUGGCUGAUGAUCAGGUUGUGUCAUCUAUCUCUAUUCUCAGCAGCGGCACAAGAAAGCGUAAAGAAGAGAGGCUUGACAAGGAGGGGGAAACGAAAGGGAAGCUCUUCAAAUAUAGGCACAACACCAAGUUUCAACCUUUUGUCUUCUCGGAUGGUUUGGUGAAUGGGACUGAGGUUGAAGUUUCAGACAUGGAGCUAUGA